UUCAACCGCUUUACUGUUUUCAGCUUCCUGAUUUUUAUUCCAAGAAUAAUUAAUCAUUUCUGAAUAAAAGAUAACUUUUAAUUCGAGUAAAAGAAAAAUAUAGGACAAAAAGAGAAGGAUGUUUUGUAUAUUAUGCUGAUGUAAAAUGAAUGAUGUCAAACCAAUAAUCUCAUCGUAAUAAAGAUAACCAAUAUGAGAAAAAGAAAGGGAAAAAAGGGAUAGGAAGAGGGAGGAAAAUAAAUAUUUUAUAUUUCGUCGUCUGACGAAUUAACAAACAUUAACAACAUCCUAAUUCGCGCGCGGUUGAAAAUAUAUUAAAUAUAUCAUUACGCGCACGCACGCACGCACGCACACACUGCAUGAUCAAGCGGCCAUCUCAUUAGCAACGAGGUGUCUCGUGUCUAUGAGAGCUAUCCACAACAAGAAAACAAAGAAAAACAUAGUGAUCCAUUGGUUCGCAGUCGACAAAAGCGGCGGAGUUUACUGAGCUUUCGAGCCAAUGGGAAUACGUCGGCUUGCUAAAAAUACAUUUUGAAUCACAGUAGGAGGAGAUGAAACGACACCUCCUUCGCGAAAGGCGAGAAAUAUUCUUAUAAGUACGUAUCUCUAUCCGAGCAAGACGAGUAACUCAGCUAAGGGAACAAUUCGGUCAACGCCGCGUAUUUAAGAAUCGAACGAAUAUAAUGAAUAAGCAAGCUUGACAAAAAUAUCGGAAAAGAACACUUUUAGGCAAGUUUUAUCAAUGCAAUAAAAGUUCAAAAAAGUAACUUUUCGCACAUGUCAAAAAUAUACAUGUAAUGUGUGCAAAUUCUUCUUGUGUUACUUAACUGAAAAUCGAAACGACCGGUAAUGCGCAUAACGAGAACCGAGAACAUUUCUAUGUAUAAAAUAUUUCAAAUACACGAAAAGAAUUUUUUAAUCCAAUUGUGAGCGAAUUUGCGGGACUUGUUAAAUGUGUCAAUGAUCAUGUUACGCGAUGUAUACUGUGGAAUUGCAAACACUGUGGAACAAAUGUGUUUAAUGUCGCUUGCAUAUUAAAUAAUCUGAAAGUAUUAAUUUAUCGUACUUGAACAACUUGAAAUUUGACCCAAACUAACAUAUUCCAUCCAUUAAAUAUAAUUCCGUUAAUUAUACGUGUUAUUUUCUCUCUCUCUCUCUCUCUCUCUCUCUCUCUCUCUCCUUCCCUCAAGAUAAUAUCAAAAUCAGAAUGAAAACUAGCGGAGGCACUUCGAGUCGUUUGAGUACAAACGCAAAUGUGGAGCAACGUUUAAGAAGUCCGAAGUGUGCGAGAUGUCGAAAUCACGGUGUAAUAUCCGGCUUGAAAGGUCACAAGAGAUCCUGUGCAUGGAAAGAUUGCCGAUGUCCUUGUUGUCUUCUAGUCGUCGAAAGGCAGCGAGUGAUGGCAGCGCAAGUUGCUCUACGUAGACAACAACAAGCGCAAGGCGACAAUCUUUUGUCUCCAGUAAAUAAAAUAUCAGCGGACACUGUAAGUCCUUAUUACACUAAAGCAAAAUACAACGAACCUGUCUGCGGUAGAAGAACCAAGAAUUUUCAAAGACAUCAUUUACAUUUCACGCAGACGAGUAUCAGCGUGACGCAGGACUUUUAUGGAUUAAAUACCGUACAUGAUUUAUCUGGCGCAUUAUCAGCCCAUCCUGCACGUUUGCUGAACAAUUUAUCUUCUCUAAAAUGCGAUCAAAAACAAGAAGCUGAACCCAUACUGAAGAUAGAGUCUUUCCAUUCUGCAUAUCCGACAAUGGUUCCGUGGUUCAAUGAGGUAACGCAAUCAUACAUAGCGAAUGAAGAGUUGAAUAAUUUUAUUUCUACGAGAGAUUUGCGAAGCUGUCCUACUACAAUCAAUAAAUCUUGUUUAGAAAAAAAAGCACCAAUUUCCUUCAGCGUGGAAUCUAUUAUCGGUACGAAAUAAUCUAUUAUCUGUACUUUAAUUGUUUGAGUACCAGCGAACUAUUACCUAUUCAGAUUCCGAUCUAGCAAUUUGAGAAUUGCCAACGAUACUAUAACCGCAUUAGCGAUUUGUCAUACAUUAGUAGUAGUCGUUCAUGCACUUAAUAUCGAAUGGUCAAUAAAUAUCGUACUUAUUUUCGAGUAAUAUAUUCCAGCAGGAUACAUAAUACAUAGCAAUGUUAAUUUUUUUAAAUAAGAAACGGAGUGAGAUAUCUUGCUUGUAUUUGUUAAUUGGUACUUGAACGAUUAAUCCCACCACGGUGAAAUGAAUAAUCUUACAAAUAGUACUAACAAUUAGUACGUAUAAGUAAAAGAAAAAACGACAUUUUCACAAACAUUGUGCAAAUUAUUUAACAGCAGUCGUAUGUCAAUCAGCACUUUAGUAUAUCGUAUAAUAAAGUGUAUCUUACUUCCUCGUUGACUAUGUGUGUGUGUGUGUGUGUGUGUGUGUGUGUGUGU